CGACUAUCGCGUGUCUUGCAAACACUGGCAUUGGAAUAGGAAUUUGCAGUUUAUACAAAAAAUUAUUUCAUAAUAUUAUUAAUUAAAGCUGAGCCGGAUCGGCCGGUGUCGGCCGGUGUCGGCUAGUGUCGGCGUCGUCGGCCGGCGUCGUCGGCGCGGUCGGCGAGUGACGCAAACGUCGGCGAGCGACUGAGGCGGGCAGCUCUCGGGCGCGCAGCGGCAUCGAUCGCGUGCGCGCGCAGCCUCCUCAAUCCAGCUUCUGCACAGACGGAGGCCUCCAUUCCGAUAUUAAAUACGACAGAAAUGAAACAAACCCGAUCUAAGUGACCGCCUGGGAAUCAGUGAUCGCAUCCAGCAGCCAGCAGGUCAGUGCCGGGCGUCACCGCCCACGAUCUAGCCAGCAUGUCGCCCGUGUUGCCGCAGCUGCGAUGGCGCCGCGACGCCGACGCCAGCACCGAGAAACCCGCCAGCUCCACGAUGGCCGCCUCCGCCGCGCCCACAGCGUCGUCGACCGCAAGUUCGGGCUCGACGGAGGCGCCGAUCACCACCACGACGGAGUCGCUCAGCGAGAAGACCGCCGAGUUAGCCCACAAGAUGAACCUGGAGACGUGGCAGCUCGUCGCCAUACUCGUCGGAGUGGGUGUGGUGGUGCUGGGAGUGUGCUUCUGCUGUAUCAGACGAUGUUUCCGCAAACGACGCUCCAAGGAUGGCAAGAAAGGAAUGAAAGGUGUCGACUUCAAGUCCGUCCAACUGCUGGGGUCGGCGUACAAAGAAAAGGUUCAGCCGGACAUGGAGGAGCUGACCGAGAACGCUGAGGAGCCGGACGACGGCGAGGAGAAAAAAGAGGAGCAGAAAUUAGGGAAGCUCCAAUACAAGCUGGAGUAUGACUUUAACAGUAACAGUCUAUCGGUGACCGUCAUCCAAGCCGAGGAGCUCCCGGCACUGGACAUGGGCGGGACCUCCGACCCCUACGUCAAGGUCUACCUUUUGCCCGACAAGAAGAAGAAGUUCGAAACCAAAGUGCAUCGAAAGACGCUCAGUCCCGUUUUCAACGAAACCUUCGUAUUUAAGAGCGUGCCGUACGCCGAUGCGAUGAACAAAACCCUCGUGUUCGCUAUCUUCGAUUUCGAUCGGUUCUCGAAGCACGACCAGAUCGGCGAGGUGAAGGUACCGUUGUGUCAAGUAGACCUCGCGCAGACCAUCGAGGAGUGGCGGGAGCUGCAGAGCGUGGAGGGCGAAGGCGGCCAGGACAACAAGUUGGGCGACAUAUGUUUCUCGCUCCGAUACGUGCCCACCGCUGGAAAACUGACUGUCGUCAUCCUGGAAGCUAAAAACCUUAAGAAAAUGGACGUCGGUGGCCUAUCAGAUCCGUACGUAAAAAUAGCACUCAUGCAAAACGGCAAACGUCUCAAGAAGAAGAAAACGAGUAUCAAGAAAUGCACAUUGAAUCCAUAUUACAACGAGUCAUUUACUUUUGAAGUACCAUUCGAACAAAUACAGAAGGUGAAUCUAGUUGUAACCGUGGUGGACUACGACCGCAUCGGCACCUCGGAGCCCAUCGGUAAGGUGGUGCUGGGCUACAACGCGUCGGGCACGGAGCUGCGCCACUGGUCCGACAUGCUGGCCAGCCCGCGCCGCCCCAUCGCGCAGUGGCACACGCUCAAGGACCCGGAGGACGGCGAGAAGAAGGACUAAACGAUCCACGGAGCUGAGGAGAGCGAGGAGACAACUCGGAGUUAAAGAUCGAAAUAACGCCUUGUGUAAUUUAAUUAGUCAACGCUAAUUUACGAGAUCCUAAUAUAUUCUUGCGUCAAAAUAUAUAACUUAGUUUCUGAUGUAUCCAAAUUAAAAUCAUGUCGAGAACUUUUAACUAAAGUUACAUUUUCCACUUCUCUCUAAAACAAGACGGAAGAAUAUAUUGAUUUAUUUAAUAUAUCGAUUAUAUCAAAUUCUCUUUGAUUCGAUAAUCUCAGACCUUAGUACCUACUUUCGUGUUAUUGUAGAUUUUGUCUACUACUUACUGUCUCAUGUUUUGAAUUGUGAUUUGUAAAUAUACUAUGUUUUCCACCGAUUCCAAGUAGUUCGCCUUGAUUUUUAGUUGAUCAGUUUUGAUAAAUUAGAGAAUUACGUUACUCGUCGAUUACUACGUUCGUGUUAUGUUUAAUUCAUAGAGUUGAAGCUAUGUAAAUAAGUUAAAUCCUGUUAAAUUUAUUAACAUUCUAUUUUACUACCACGUAAUUGUUAUAAUGUCUAUGAUAUCCUUCUAAUGUAAAUCGUGUUCCUCACGAGAAGAUUCGGACUUGUGUAGAUACCAACGACUUAACCGUUUCCCUUAGAGAUUUUUUUCAUUCUAUUUCCAUUAUUUCUUCUUGCGAGGAACAAUUUGGCCUAUCGACGUACUCAUUACUCUACUGAAAUCGUUUGUGUAUUCGUUCACUAGGUAGUCUCUACCGUUUCGUUCUAACUUUUCCUCAGUUCACCAUUUAACUAUAGGUUCGUUUUCUAACUUAAGCAGUUAAUCCCUUUUAGAUUCCGUACUUUCUGUAGUUUAUAUCUCGUUGCUAUGAGCGUUCGCUACAGUAUAAACUAUAAUCGUUGAAUUUGUACGGUCCACUUUAAAGAUUUGAAGUUAGGCGUUAACUCGGGCGGUCUAGAUCGACCGGUAAUUUCAGGUCUUUAGAGCCCCGACGCGUACAUAGGCUCUAGGUGUAUGGAGAUACGAUCGUAUCUAUUUUUGAUGUUAUUGUUGAAAUUUACUUUCACAAACGUACUCUGUCGAUGUAUAUCUAUAUUCGAGACAGGAAAUCGCUGACUUAUAUAACUGAAGUUAGUGACUAGUCAUAAUAUGAAGCGUUCGGUGUGAGUAUCGUGUAUGAUAACUAGGUAUCGCUUGACUGUUGUUGAUCUCAAACAUAUAUUGUGUAUAUAAAUAAUCACGUGUUAACUACCGAUCACCGUAUAGAGUAGCCGGGGUAGACGGGUAGACGGGUAGACGAGGGCUUGGUGCACCAACACGACAGUAGACUUGUGGUUCAUUCCGUAUAAUAUUAUAGGGACGUUAAGGUUUUUACUCGACUAAGAUCUUCAUCAUCAUUAAAUCGCCGUACUCGCUUCGAUUCCGUAUCAUCGAUCGACAUUUUGUUACUUAAUUUAUAGGUAAUCUGUUUUCUAUAAAGGAUGCCUAUUCUACCUAACGUACAGAUUGAACAUUGGUAGUGGUUUUGUAUAUUUCAGUUUUUAAGGAGGGCUGUGCACACAUUUAAAUAACUGUGUCGCAGCGUCUUUCGAUAUGAUAACAAUAAUAACGUUAACUUUGCAUAAUAUUGUGUACUAGUUAACUAAAAUUCUCGAUAAUAAAGUUCAAUAAUAUAGAUAAUAAUAUUUAAUUCUAUAACUUAAACUUGUAUAAUAAGAAUAAUAUUAUAUUGAUACAAGUCCCGAUCCCGACUAUUUAAACAGUCAGGGGUCGCUCAGGGGCGAGUGGUUUGACCUUAACACUAUAUCCCGCAUAGGGUUGACGUGGUAUUAUCCCAUUCUGGCGCCUUCGUUUAUUAUGCAAAGAGUCCUGUACCUACAUACGGUAGGGGUCAAAUUAUUGAUCCCACAUUAAUGCUCAAACCCAUGUUGUGUUUGCUGUUAGCGGUGGAACAUUUCGACACAUAUAUAAUAUGUAAAAAUUUUAAAUUUAGUUUAAUUUCAACACAAAAUAACUGACGAAUUUCAUAGUUACGUAAAAAAAAUAAAUUAUUUUGAUAUUUGAAAAAGCUACAGUGUUUAUUACUUAUAUGAUGAAGGAUAAGCAAUGUUAGACUAAAUGUACUAAUUUGGUAGAGAAAUUAUAGGCUUCCUUGCAUGGACUGUUGUUUGUAGGCAAAUCUUAGCUGAAAACAUACAUCAUACAUUAUUUAAGUUAUAUUUAUAAUUUAACUGACUUU